AUAUUCUUUUCGAAAUAUCGAUAUCAAUCAUCGAAAGCAAGCCGUCUUUGGCUUCUUGCUUUGAACAGUUUGUUUACGUUUGCAAAAUAAAAUGUCUGCGCGACCGGGUCUGCAUAAAGUUAAUAUCACACAAAGCCCCAAACGACCUGCUCCGCAAGCUGUUGAUGUGGUUGAUAAUGAUGAGCACAUUCUAACUAACUCGGUGGUUAAUGAUGACUUCAAGCUAGCGGAAUCAGCAGCGCACUAUGAGGAAGGUUCGUCGGGAGAGGAAGACCAGAACGAGGCCGGCGAAGAUGUAGUGCCCGACAAGCAGAGGAUCUGGCACUUUAAUGUUAUUGUUCCUCUUAUAUUAAUUUUACUGGCGAUGGUAGCCUGGCAAUACAGCAAUACAGCGGAUACAGCGGAUAAAAGCUGUGCUUUUGAGAAGCUGCGCAAGAUCGAGCCGAUCCAAUCGGAAAGAGUAUGGAAGCCUCUACAAAAAGGCAUUGAAGGACUGAUCAACAAGCGAGAUCCGCGACCCAGUGUGUUCCUGUUUCUGCAUCAAGAUAAGAGCCUAAAGACACUCAUUGACGAUAUUGCCACUGAGGCGUCCGGCUGUUUUGGUGGACCAGGGAAGCCAAUACAUAUGAACAAAGAUGACUUUGUGUCCCAAACUGGCGACUAUGGAUUUGCCAUAGAGCAGUUUAAGAAGAAAAUUAAAGAGGGCAAAGUAUUUGUCAUUGUUAAUCUCAAUGAGAUUCCUCCAAGUUCGGCACGGGCCUUGCAUACGAUUUGCGACACCUACAACCCCAUUGCCGCGGAUUCAGUUAUCUUUCUUACGCUGCACACAUCCAACACAAAAGACACGGGAAACUCGGUGGAAUUGGCUAAGGAAACGCUGUACGAGCUGUGGGGCACGCAGCUGCUAGACAACGAGCUUGAUCCCCUAAUCACGCGUGUCACCGACCAGGUGCUGCAUCUACACAGCAAGAGCUAAGCUCUCGUUGCUCUCAGAAUCUAAAGAAAACUAGAUUUAAUAUAAAUUUGUAUUAAUAAACCAAUAGCAUUUA